UGGCGGCACCUACCACACCGCUGUACCUUGGCGAGGCGGGGCCGGGGCGGGAAGGCCGCGGCCGGGAGAGGCGGGGCCCAGCCGGCGGAAGCCAAUCCGCGGGGCGGUGCGAGGGGGCGGGGGUGGGGCCACCGCCUGCGACCCAAACACCCGAGUCCGGGUGCACUUUGGAGUCGCGCUGCUCCUCGGCCUUCCGGUGCGAGGGCCGGGGAGCCUCCUCCCCCACUGGGCACCCCCACCUUCGUGGCCCAGAACCUCCCCCCUUCGGAGGGGGGAGUGCGGCGACGGUUGCCGGGAAGCGCGCGCCGCCCCUCCCUCUCCUCUUCCAUCCUCCCCUCACGCGCCACCCGUUUUUCCUCUUUCUCCGUUAAUAACAGCUGGGUGGCUGGGGGAGGAGGGAAGGUGGCCCCGGCGGAGUCUGGGCGGGCGCCUCCCACUCACCCGCGAGCUGCCGUGAGAGCCGGAGGAUGGCGGCGGUAGCUGCGGCCGCCCGGGAGGAGGCGGUACCGAGGCCCGGGGCGCAGAGAGCGGCGACGGCAGCAGAGAGCGGCAGGGACCCGUCGCGGCGCACCAGAAUCGAAACCAGCGGCAGCCGCACAGCCACCUGAGCCGCCCCUCCCGCCAGAGCUAGCGAGCUGCGUCCGCCGCAGCCCGACCUCCUUCCUCUCCGUGUCUCCUCGUUUCCCGAGACCUCCCGCAGGCCGCCGGUCUCGCCCGCCGCCCCCGAACACAAGGGCGCCCCGGGCGCCGACCGCCCUUCGGGGCGCGGGGCGGCGGCCCUGGACGUGCGGGCUUCUCCUUGCGCCGGCCGCGGCGCCUUGGCCCUGCCCGCUCGCUCCUGCGCUCGCUCCCGCCCUCCCGGCGCCCGGGGCGCCGCGCGCGGCCCCGGCCCGGGGCAGGGCGGCCAUGGGCGCCAAGCAGAGCGGCCCGGCCGCUGCUAACGGCCGCACCCGCGCCUAUUCGGGCUCGGAUCUACCUUCCAGCAGCAGCGGAGGCACCAAUGGGACCGUGGGCGGCGGCGGCAGCAGCAGCGGGACGCGGGCCGCGGCCGCCGGGAGGUUUCCGGCUCAGGUGCCCGGCGCGCACCAGCCCAGCGGUUCGGGCGGUGCCGCGGCGGCCUCAGCGGCCCCGCGCAGUCGCUCCCUCGGCGGGGCCGUGGGGAGCGUGGCGUCGGCGGCCCGAGCGGCGCAGUCCUCCUUCAGCAUCCCCAACAGCAGCAGCGGCCCGUACGGCUCGCAGGACUCGGUACACAGCAGCCCCGAGGACGGCGGCGGCGGCGGCAGAGACCGGCCGGCGAGCGGGGGCCCCGGCGGGCCGCGUCUGGUGAUCGGCUCCUUACCAGCUCAUCUCUCGCCGCACAUGUUUGGAGGAUUUAAGUGCCCCGUAUGCUCAAAAUUUGUACCUUCAGAUGAAAUGGAUUUGCAUCUUGUGAUGUGUUUAACAAAGCCAAGAAUAACCUAUAAUGAGGAUGUACUGAGUAAAGAUGCUGGGGAAUGUGCAAUAUGCCUUGAAGAAUUGCAGCAGGGAGAUACUAUAGCACGACUGCCUUGUCUAUGCAUAUAUCAUAAAGGCUGCAUAGAUGAAUGGUUUGAAGUAAAUAGAUCUUGCCCUGAGCACCCUUCAGAUUAAGCAUCAGCUUCCUGUUUUAUAGGUUUUCUUGUCUUUCCAAGAUGCUUGAAAAACUGAGAGGAUAUGAGGACCUGUCUCUGGAAAAAGAAAAAACUGCAGGCAUACUCAGCCAGAAAUCUUGAGUUCUGUGAGACUUGGUAAUGCAGAGAUGGACAAUCAUACAGGGGGAUAACCCUGCUGAAGAGAGGACAGUUGCCACAGAACUCAGUGUACCAAACAUGCAUAUAAAGGACACACAGGGAUUUUGAAAAUGCUGCACAUCCCUUAAUAGUCAUCUACAUAGGUAACACUGAUAAACAUUUUGUAUUCAGACGCCAAAGUUAACUGAUUUAGAAGUUGAUUUUUAUUAAGUUCUGUAGAGCUGCGCAACUAGUUGUGUUUUGACUUGGUUUUUAGUUGGGGGUCACUUUAUUUUCCCCAACAUGAUGUUUCUGCAUUCAUCUAUUCUUAAACUGAAGACCACAUAAUGUACUUCUUAUAAAUUAAAGUCUUAAAUGUGAAAACAAGAAAUGUAAUCAAGCAGUAAAACAUUGUCUGAAUGUAGACCAUGAUCUCAAGUUCUUCUAUUUUUUUUCCCCCAAGAGUGGAAAAUAGACUUCUGCAUAGGAGAGCUAAAAUAUGUUAAUAUUUGAAAUUAAAGGUGUAACAGUACCAGAAUGCAGUCCAAAGAGUAAAUCAGGUUACAUAGUUAUAUUUUAAUGAACUAAAUCUAAGAUUGUCGAUUGAAUUGCAAUUUAUUAAAUGUAUUAUUUCCUCGUAAGUAAAACUGCUCAAUAGUUAAUCAGUAAUGAAUCAUCUUGCAGCUAUGCAACUUUUUAAAAAAAUACAAAUUACCAAUUUUAAGUGCUGCCAGCUAUAAUAACUUUGUUUUAACGGGUAUUUUUAUUUGUUCUCUUCAUGUAAUUAUUUUAUUGUGCUUUGCAUCUCCAGACAGUUUUCCCACAUUUGGAUAGAAUGUUUAGCAGGUUGUAAACUUCGUAACUUAUGAAAAGGGUAAAAUAAAAUUUUCUUGAGUGGAACUUGGAAUAAUUUGAGGGACAUUUUAUAUACUUUUAAAAAUCAGAAUUUAAUCGGGAUGCCAGAUUUAUAGCAAUUUGCAUCUUUAAUUUUCCAGAUAAUCUGGAGGUUAGUGUUUGAUAAAUGAUUUUUUAAAGCAAACAUGAAGAUUUUGUUAAUUUAUAAUUUAUUAAUGUGUUAUUACUGUAAUUGAAAAUGUUAUAGAGACUUUUAAAUUCAGUCUUGUGUAGAAAGAAAUGUAUUAAGCAAAAUUAUGUGAAUAAAUAUUCCCAUAAAAUACAUCUGAAUGGUUAAAAAAUACUGGAAGAGAGCUAUCAGGGCUACAAUACUGAAUGUCCUUUUUUUUUUUUUUUUUUUUUUUUUUUUUUUUUUUUUAAAUAUAAAAAGAUACCAAUAAGUAGAUUUCAUAUUUUCAACAUAUAGGGAAAAUGUUAUCAGUGAACAUUUAAGCAGUGCACUUUACUUGGUGCAAUUGAAAGUUGCACAGUACUGUUUCCUUUUUUUAAACUUCAAGUAUUUGCUUUCCUAUUUAAUGCUGCUGUUCUUAUUCUCAAAUUUUUUCCCUAUUUCUGGUUCUGUUUUUUUUUUUGAAAGGGCACGUACAGGAGCAAAUUGCUGCUACCCAGAAAAAUUGGUGUUUUAGAAGCAAUUAAAAGAGUUUUUCUUUGCUUUCUGUGUGAUUCUAGACCAGAUAACAUUUUCCCUAAAGUUAUGCUGUGAAAUGCCUUUUGUUAUGCUGCAGUUGACAGAAGCAUCCAAAACCUUGGUUGUGACAGUGGACAGCAUGGUUUCAUAGGUGCUUUUUAAACCAGUUAUGGGAAAUACUCUUCCCUCAAGGAAAAUAUUCUUUCCUUAAAUUUUUUCCUAUUAUCAUGAAAUCUUAAUACGAAUCCAUGUUGUUUCACAUUUUUAAUUUUGUAAGCUUUCACACAUACACACAUACCCACUCACCCCAGGAAAAGCCUCUUAGAAUAUCCUGUGAAUAAUUCAUUUUUUCUACUACUGGUAUAUUGUAUGAUGGUAAGAAUUGUUUCGUUGUCUUCCAUUCUUGAAGGCAGAGAUUAACUCUGGCUGUGGUAAUUACCUAUUAAUAUUCUUUUGGAAUUUGAUUUUCUGAUACAGUUUACUCAUUGCCUUUUUAAUUUUGUAAGUUUUAAAUUUACGUCCUUUUCCUUCUUCAUCCUGUCCUGCACCCUCGGUCUCUUGCUCAGCCUCGGACUGUCACCGGAUUGUGUGCCGCGGCUGCUACAGGGCAGGCUCCUGUGUUGUAGAAGAAAGUUAAGUGUUUAUUUGUGUUGAGUGCUACUUGAUUAUUAAUAUUUGUCUAGGGCAGUUUUUACUUAAGGUUUGUUUAUAGCAAUCCCUUUUUUGUUAAAAAUGACAAAGCUUGGCAUUUUUAAGUUUGGUCUCAAAAAGAAGAAUUUAGAAAUUGAAAAGAAAAUGUUUUUAACAGCCCAGAUACUCUGGUAUUUAUUCAAAGUCAAAGUUGCUACUCUGGAAAAUAUUACAGUAUUCUACAUAAUGUCUCUUAUGACAUUUGUAAAUCUGUAUGUGGACACUGAAUAGUGUAAGGAUAUAAAAAUCACGCCAGAUAUAUUUACAUAUGUAGCUUGAAACUACUGACAACUGAAUAUUAUGGAGACAAAAUAAAGAUAGAAAACCUAGA